AGAGAGAACGUCCCUCGCUCACAGAAAGGAAUUGGAAGCAUGGUGAAGCUGUUCUGUGCGCUCGUUGGAGCGAAGGGAAACGCCUUUUUCUCCGUAACGAUCGAUGCGAGCGAGUCUGUGGAUGACUUGAAGAAGGCCAUCAAGAAGGAGAAUGAGGACAUCACGUGUGCUGCUCGCAAAGUGGAGCUGUUCCUCGCCAGGAUGGGCGACAAUACAUGGCUCGAUAGAAGCGGCGCGGAAGCUGUGACGCUCGAUGAGAAUGGACACCCCGAAGGCUUUGCACACAUGGACGAGUUAAACUGGAUUGAGGAUUACUAUGGCGAGGAAUUUCAACCAAAACGAGGGGAAAUCCACGUGUUGGUGGUAGUUCCAUCGUCCAAUAAGAAGCAGUGUUUGGACUGGCGGUCGACUCGGUGGGGAUCGCACACUUAUGACCCGAAUUCACUGUACUUCGUGCUGGAUAAAGAGGAUGUGGACGAGUCCGGACUUCCACCCGUUCGCAUGAUGCUCUACUGCAGGCCAACUUUCCACCGCCAGUUCGAGUUCUUGCGCGAACGAGUAUUGAAUGAAGGUCAUCUGGGCUGGAUCCUCGGUCCUCCUGGAACGGGAAAGUCAACCACUGCCAUGGCCUUCGCGUCGACUGUGAAGAGAAGUGAAUGGAUGGUUACAUGGAUUCAUGUGGAGAAAGACAUGGAUCUGGAAUGCGUGCGUCUUGUGGGCGAAGAAAGAAUGACUCGAACCAUUGAGAUUGGGGGCGUAAAUGAAGUUUUGCAGAUCGAUAACAACAAGAAGCACCUGCUGCUUGUUGAUGGCUGGACAGCUGCAGACUCGUUUGUUGAGCUGACAACCAAGUGUCACCGAUGGUUGAGGAGAGAUCUUGUCAAGCGACGGCUGGCGUUUGUGUGUUCGGUAGCUUCUCGUGGUAAAGUUCAAGAGGGAACGGAUAUCCGGACGCGCGCAAUGGAGUUCGAUGUGUGGUCGUGGACCCUGGAUGAAUACCUUGAUGCGAUUAGAAAUCGAGAGUUUUUUUUGGGUGUGGCGGCUUUGCUGGAUGCUCCAGGCGGCGUAUACGGACCAAGGUCUCCUAUCGAAAUGGUGGAGUCGAAGUAUCACUAUGCUGGUGGAUCUUGUCGUUACAUGUUUGACUGUACGACUACCGACGUCAAGGACAGACUUUGCCGGGCCGUGGAAUCCGCAUCAAAUGCCGCGACUCUCUCUACAGACGGACACCGUUCACCGUUUAGCAUCAAUCGGCUCUACGCCAUGUUCAAGCGACCAAAUUGGGAAGGUACUAUGUCGCCGUUGAUCAGUCAGUAUGCUGCUACAACAGUUGCUAUCUUAUGCGGUCCGGAGGCUAUCAAGAAGUUCAUGUCGAUGCAUCGAGACAGUUCAAACCCAGCAUUGAAUGGAUGGAUGUUGGAGAUGGUGUUCUUCGCAAGUCUUCGAAAUGGCGGUCUCACUCUUGUCGAUGCGACAGGAAACACGGUUGACACGUGGGGUCAAUCAGUUAUUGUGGUUUCUGAUGCAAUACCUCCGAUUGCUUCUGCUCACACCGUUUGGAUCAAGCCAGAGAAAUGGAACCAAGGCGGAUACGACGCUAUUAUGGUGUGCAAGCGUACUCGGCAUGUGCGCUUGGUGCAAGUGACGAGUGCCCACAAGCAUUCUUUUCGUAUCGAACACUUCUAUGGAUGGUUGAAGAUGCUCUCGGAAUCGCCCGAACGUUUUGAGGUGGAGACAAUAGAGAUAAUCUUCGUCGCCGAGCAAGACAAGCUGAGCGCAUUCCACUUCACAACGGUGACGGGAGAUGGACUCCUCGUACCAUUUGGUUGGCCAAAGGGUAAGGAGACAGGCUUGGUACGGCUGGUAGGGAUUCGAGGGUUAUAUAGUUUGUAGCGUUAUGCAAACUUCUAUUCAUCUCCUCUAAUUCUAUCUGCUACAAUAUUUACAAGCGACGUAAUCAAUCGUCGCAUCGCCGAUCAACA